GAUCAAUUCAGAUUCGUUUUUUUUCAGGCUUUGCAUACCUUUCAGGUCGAGGUCGUUCAUCAUUCUCUACUUUUUAUUUACAGUAGUUAAUACAGUGAGACAAUUUGUAUGAUCUUCUCUCUAUGCAUUGUUAACAUUGAUCAGAAAAUACUCUUGAGAAUGUUGGAGAACCUGUCGGCGUCCGAGAGCUGAAUCGGGCGCUCAGAUCCACCCCACGUGGUGGAUUGAAGUACACCAUCACUUCGCUUGUUUCGGCACAUUGGUUCUUAGGAAUCGUACCGUAUAAGACCAUUUUCUUCACGACCCUUCGACGAGGACUACUUCCGAGUACGUACGCUGAAGAUUCAGCAUUUGUUCUCUUUUUCAUAUCACUCCUCGUCAGUCUUCAUCAUGUCGAUGACAUCCACAUCCUCCUUCCCGAUCGGCCACAUCAUGUGAUCGCUCGAUGACUGCGAGUACUAAUUCCUCCAACAAUAAAGACGACGUUUGCAAAGAAGCCUCCACGACUUUUACUUUUUCGAACACUUUUGCCCAUAUUAACGAAGAUCCACCUUCACAAGAAGGAUUCCUUUCACCUCUUCCAGCAUCACACCAGAAUUCUGCACACCAACGCCCGUCAUCCACUUGCUCUUCACAAAAACCGGCCAGGAAUAGCAUUACAAGCAGCACAAGCAGUCUUACUUGUUCUAGUUGCAAUACAUUUCACACAGCAGCAGGAGGAGAUCAUAGGGAUUCGCGGUUAUCAGCUAGUGCACUCAGUUUCGGUCGCAACAGUGGCUUUUGCAGCAAUCUUCCAGGACGUGACAGCUUCGUUGUACAGACGGGGCGUGACAGCGUCACUAGCGCGACGUCAGUGGCGCAGGGAACCCCAAUCCUUGCGAAAAAUUUAGCAUCGACGCCACAGCAUAAUAGAACAAGAGGAAACACAUCAGGUGAAGGGACGCCGGGCGCUCCCGGCACUGUGCUCAGGAUGACCAGUCUGCCACCUCAGCCGCCUGUUGCGCAGGCGCAGACAGGUGGAGGGGGAGCGUCAAUGCAACCGCAGCAGCAACAGGUUUAUCAAGUACCGCAACAGCAAGUGACGCAGCCACAUCAAGUAACCCAACAGCAGCCACAACAACAGCAGAAUGGUGCAGGGCUCGUUGCACAGCAACAAGCACCACAGCACAUAGCGGCACAGGGUCCACCAAUAAUGCAACAACAGCAGCAGCAACAAAUACCUCAAGUACCUCAACAAGCGACACAGCAGCAAUAUGCGACUCAAUCGCAGAUGGUAGCGCAGAAGCAAGCGUUCGCUUCGCAACAAGGUUUCUUGGUGGAUACCAAUGCUGCAGGCGCGGUCAAUGUCGUCCAGCAGGGAAGCGGCACCCCUGCCUCUCGCAGCGAUACUGAGCGCGACGCGGCUACACCAGCGGCGCAACCAAUUGUGUCAACACAACAACAGCCAUCUGGUGGAAGUCAGCAGCCACAGUUCGUAGCGCCUGCUCAGACAGCAGCAGUUGCAGCAGUUCCUGCUGUCACUAAUCAUCAGCUUAGCCACCAGCAGUCGGGGAAUCUAUUCGGGCAGCAGGGCACAGCAUCAAGCGCGAAUCUUCUAGCCGUCGAACAGCAGCAACAAGCGCAACAAAAUUCCACAGCAGGUCAUCAACCUCAACUAGCUCAGCAGGUGGUUAACACCCAACAGCAGCAUCAACAGCAGCAUUCUAGUUUGACGCAUCAUCAGGCACAAGCAGGUGGUGCAACGACUGUGGUGCAGCAGCAUCAGGGAGCAGCACAGCAAGUUAUGCAACAAGCACCGUCAGGAAUACAACUACAAGCUGGAAUGAAUGGACCUACUACCACAUCCGUACCACUGGUUCCCUCUGCGCAACAGCUUCAGCACACUAAUACUACUACUACGACGUCGCUCAGUCGGACGUCGUCAACGACACCGAGUUCAUCUAAAGCUGCUCAGCAGCAAGGCGGCACACCUCAGAUGAUAGCGCACGGCAACGCGUUCCAGUCACACCAUCCAGGUUACACGCAGGCUGCCCCUGUACGGGCAACGCCACUUCCUGGCAUUGUUCCAGCAAAUUUAGUUCAACAAAACAUGGGUGGAGUUGGAGGUGUAGUUGCUAAUACAGUUGUAGUUGCAGGUACAACAGUCCAAGCAACUUCUAGUACAGCAAACAUUGUAGGCACCGGUGGUUCACAGCCACAACUCGCCACGGUUGGGAGUAAUGGCCAACUCUCCCAAAUGGCACAAGCUAAUCCUCAACAACAAACCAUGAACAUGAAUGUAGCAGCGGGACUACAAGUACAACACGCCCCACAAUAUAACAAUAGUAGUUACACGCCACCACAAGCGGGAUCAAUGGCAGUACCUUACAACAUGAUAGGGCAACAACAACAACAACAACAAGCAGUAGCAUCCUCGUUGAAUAGCCAACAGUCGUUAUUCCGUCGGUUCGCGAUAGAGCACAACACUAGGCGCCGACUCUUCCGAUGUAGUAUGCAGGACACACCUGAAGAUAUUCUCGAUACUGUGAAGCAAGCAUUUGGUUUGUUCCACGUUUUAGGACCGCGAGCAAGGAUACGAUUUAUACUACCCCAAAGUCGAGAAACAUUGUGCUCUCUUCGCGUGGAAGGUUUGCAGGACAACGAGACCUAUCAGCUCUUGAUUUUUGAUCCUGAUGGGCAGCUGAACAGGGGCGUAUCGAAUUUACACGAAAGGAGAGCGGCGGAACGUAUUUUCUUCAUCGCUUCCAUCUUGUGUAAUCACUGACUCUUGCUUGACAGUUAUGAAUUUCAAGUUGAUGUUUUCAACCAUCGUACUUGUCCAACGAGCUAAGCAUGGGAUUAUACUAGUAGUUCAAAAAAGUCUGCGUCUGCGUCAUUUUAUCCUCUCAAACUACUUGCUUCGAGGUCCUUUCGUAGCGCCUAGCCGUGUACCUAGCGAAGCCGAUGUGAAAAGAGAGCCCAGUGAACACCCUAUGAAACAGGGAGAGAGCCAACAAAUCGGCAUGAAGCAAGAGGCAGAACGCGGUGAGCAGACGCGAGCCAAGUAUGCGAGGGCUGGAAAGAACAAAACUCCCGAGCAAUUCACUGAAAAUCUCGGUGGCGAUGUCACUGACGGCCAAGGCACCAAGAGUGCAACAGAGCUAGAUGAUAGCGAAGACGCUGAGGUAGAGCGGAGUCCUGAUGGACGAUACAUACGCUACAAAGGCGAGCCUCGUGGUGGAGCCGGCGCUUUCAAUCGUGUGAAUUUGGGUUACGAUAGCAAUACAGGACGGCAGAUAGCUUGGAACGUGCUGGACAAGGUACCGGCGGAGAAGGAGAGCAGAGAACUAGCGACAGAUCCUAGAAGGGAGAGCGAAUGGUAAUACAUUGGAAGUACUACUUGAUAAGUUGUAGCCUAUGUUGAUGUCAACAUGAAUAUCAGGUGGAUUCCUGAACAAAUUUCUAUCUUGUCGUUGUGUUUCUAUCAUGAUGUUCCACAUGCAAUACUCCCGCUCUCGAAACCACAGGAUCGUUCGAGGCCUUUCUGCUUGGGAAGGAGCUGGGAGUUCUUUUGUGGUAAUUACAUCGCGAGGUAGCAGUCAUACCAUCAGGAGUCAUAUAUCGCGGUUACCGAAAGAUAGGCCUCUAAAGCUAGCUGUGGUACGCAAGUGGGCACGUGAUCUAGCAGAAGGAUUGCAGUUUUUUGCCUCGCUUUACAAAAAGCAGCCGCAUGGGUAUUUCUUUAGUCACUCUUUAGUUUUCAAUUAUAGUAGUGCUGCAUGAUGUUAGAACCAAUAAUUUGAAGUCGAAACGACAACAGCUAGUGAGUGCAACUAUGAUCUGAAUUUCUUCAUCUUUCAAUCUUAUUAUAGCCACCUAAUAUUAAUUUCUACAACAGUGCCGUCAAUAUCGACAACGUCUUUGUGAAGCAGAAUACGGGCAAUUUGUUUCUUGGUGAUCCUUCUUUCGGCAAGACUCCAACGACUCUUGCUGAGAAAGUUCUCGCUAAGACAAGUGCCGAGCGUCGCGAUUUAGUGGGCUAUGGUCUUUGCCUCCUAGACAUUGUCUACAAGGGGUCGCUGGCGUCGCUGGAUAAAGCUGAACAGCGGGAAUUCAGAAGUGCAAUCGAGAAGGAAGAAGCGCCAGCCGAAGUUGCUAGGAUUUUACAUGAAACGUUGCGGACAUUGCUGAAACUCUGUUUUCGCGGACCGAAAGAGGGCACAACGGCCUCAGCAGCUAUGCAGGAGAUAUUUGGAGAUGGCACAACAGGGGAAUCCACUUUUCUGUCGGAAGCAGACGAGAACGAUGUCUAUUGCGAGUUAGCGCCGAUUGCUUCUCUGAAUACGGGAGGUGGAAAAGACGAUGUAGGUACUAUAGGCAACAAGACAGGAGGAGAAGGUGGCGGAGGGGGAACUGCGAACGGUGGAUGAUUGUAUUGUAAGUAUCUUUAUGCAUUUGUUGUAUUUCAGGAGAGCUUCCUACAACAUCUUGAAUUUUGUAGAUACUGAUGCUCCUCUCCGUUGUAGGUACUAGUGAAGUUAGUAUGUACGUAGAUUUAGAAGAUAUGAUAGCUUGGUCCUAGGAAAAAAGAUAGAUUCUGUUUUCAACAGGAUAUGCAUUUGCAACAAACGCAAAUGCAUAUCCUGUUGAAAAUGCACAACCGUUGAAAAUUUGAUUUACCUUGAACUGUAAAUGAAUACUUACUAUUAACUGACUACUUACAGUUACAACGAACUGUUAUAACUAUAACACUAAUAGUAAUAGUACUUCUUAAGGUAUUCUUAUUGUUGCUUUUCUAUUUGCCGUAACUAAAGGAUGGGGCUGUUGUAUUCUAUCCUUGUGCUGGUAGCAGAUACUCGUCUACCUCUGUUGCAUGAUAUCGGAGGGUCUUAUUGUCAAUUUACUCCUCCUGCUUUUACCUCGACACGAUGGAUCCAUCCUUGUUUGAUACACUAAACGGCCGAGGUCGCAAAAAGUGGAUGAUCCUGUAAAGGGUGUUCGUGAUUCGAGGCCUACUGUCCCCUGAGAAAUUUUACUGCAGGUCUCACGAAUCACAAUGAGCACUUAUUGGGCAUCCGAAAAGCUUGAUUUUCUAGCUGUGUGAAUCGAUAACUUCUUCUUCUGCAGGCUUAAUAUGCUUAUGCAUCUGUGAACUAGACCGACGUAGAGUAAAAACCAAUUUUCUAAUCAAUGUAAAUCUUCCAACUUUGUUCCACUACCUAAGUACUUAUUUGUAUUUGCUUGUUCGCCUUCUUCAUAUGAGCCCUACCUUUCUCUUUCUAGCAAGAUCAGCAUCAGGCCCUUUACAACUACACGUUAGUUGUAGCUUGUGAGACCAACAUACAGUGAGUUCUUACAAGAAGGAACUAGUAUCGUGUGGCGGUUUGGGUUCAUCUGUAACAGUUUUCUCCCGAGGAGGGGAGAUGGGCUCACUUUGAUUCCUAAAAACAUUGUUUCAUCUAGGACGACGAUUGGUGAACAACUUUUUUUGUACUCAUAUCAUUUCUAUGCGUGGAGUUGGAGGCGGACGUGGCGGUGGGGAUGACGGAAUUGAUGAAGAAGGGCAUGAAAUUUUUCUGGUGGUAGCCUUAUGGGGUCUAUUUCCAAUAGACAAGGGAAAAGAGGAGUAGACAAGGAUGACAUCUCCGUCU